GUAAUGUGCAGUUUAAUGAACACCUGCAAAGUCGUGUAGCAGGGAAGGAACUGCCAUGCCUGUGGGAAUCUUCCGGGUGUGCCUAGUGGUGAUAACAGCUAUUGUCAACCACCCACACCUCUACCCUAGAGAGAAUGGCGCUGUCCCUGAGAACACGGAAGAAAUCAUCCAGAAAAUGAAGGAGCGCGAGGAGAUCCUGCUGAUGGAGCAGUUGCGCUUGGAGCAGGAAGUUGCAGACCAGGAAGCCAGACAGAAGGCUCUGGAAAAGGCUGCAGAAGUAGUGGAGGAAAGCAAAGAGGAAAAGAUCCGAUGGGAUAUGUGGAGUGCCCUUUCCAUGGUCGUUUUCAAAAGGAGGCAGGAUUUCCGGGAAGGGAAUUGUCAGGACAUAGAAGGAGAAGAGGAUGACAUGGCAGUCCUCGGGAAGGUAUUUAAAGGAGUGGCCUUCCCUGACAAGGCUGUCUUGUCCAGCUUCUACAAGAAGCGCAUCCUGGGUACCACUGGAGACAUGGCCAGGAUGCGAGAGAUGGUGGAAGGUUUUGCAGAUGACCUGCUGGAGGCCUUGAGGAGUGUUUGUAACCGGGAUGCUGACAUGGAAGUGGAGGACUGCAUGGGUGUGGGGAGCAUGUAUGAGAAUUGGAGAGUGCGUAAGCCUUUUGUCUGUGAUCUCAUAGUGCCUUUUGCCCCUCCAGAGCCGUACUGUUUCCGGUCCCAGACCUGGUGCUCUGGUGACUCUUUUCCCCCAGAUGAACAAGGUUAUGGCACUAUCAAGGUAUGCAGGGCAAAUGAGGAUGUGACAGGAUGUAUCUGUGACAAGACUAAACUAGGGGAAGAUAUGCUGUGCCUCCUCCAUAGCCAAGCCAAUACCACCAGGCCCAGCAGUGAGAUGGAAGACCUCCUGUGCUUCAAAAAUACUCAAUAUCUGGAUGCCGACCAAGUCAUGAAGUGGUUCCAAAUCGCGGUCACCAAGGCCUGGAACAGAAUCUCUCACAAGUAUGAAUUUGACCUUUCCUUCAGCCUCCUGGACUCACCAGGAGCCCUGAAGAUAAAAUUUAAGUCAGGGAAAUCAAUUGCCUUCAACCUCACCCCUGUGGUGCAGUACGAAAACUCUGACGUUUACUUCAUCUCUCAUUUCCCUCGGAGUGGCCUGGCAGCAGACCUCCCCUCCAGCACUCACUGGUUUCUCACCUUCGCAGUGUAUGAGAGGAGGUUCAUCCAGCUGGUCUCCAAAACGCUGCCUGCCAACAGUUGCCAUGUCAGCUGCCUUCAGAUACUCUCCUUCCUCCAUGCGAAGCAGUGCAGCCUCACAGGUCCAAGCGGGCUCACCAACUACCACUUGAAGACAGUGAUGCUGCAUCUCCUGCAGGCACGUCCCAGUCAGGAUUGGAUGCCAGAGAAUUUGGAGGCCCGUCUACAGGACAUGCUGAAAUUCCUGGAGAAAUGUUUGCAUGAGAAGAAGCUCUACCACUUCUUUAUUGGCAAUGGGAAGGUACCAGCAGAGCUGGGCUUCCCCAUCAUAUUCCAGAGGGCUGAGCCCCUCAAUCUUUUCCGUCCCUUUGUGCUACACAGGGAUGUUUACAAGAAGACAGUGGACACAUUCCAUGAGAUGCUCAGGAACAUGUCUGCGUUGAUAAAUGAGUACACGGUGCACAUUCCCCUUGCGCACACCAAUGGGAUCCAUAAGGAAUCCUUUUAA